CAGCAGGUCUUGCGCUGGGCCGUGGAGGCCGCUGGGAGAGUGGGUCUCCUCUGGCUUUCCCAAUUGCGUGGGGGCUGCCAUUGACCCGCUGUGGCUGCAGAACCGAGGUCGCCGAGUGAUGAUGAUGUGAAAUCGCUCGCCUGUCCCUGCCACUCCCAGGCGGUUGCUGGCAGUGGAAGCAGCGGCGGCAGCUUCGGCUGCUGCUCUUAGGCUGCCCCCGCAUUAGGAGCUUCCUGAAGAAGCGCGGGCGGACAACGGAGGAUGCCGGGCCACUGCAGUGAGUCAUGACUGUCCAAGGUGUGAUAAUCACAUGAGGGUGCUCAUUGCUACAGAUGUCAUUUGACUCAUCGGAGAAAAUCUUUCUAAAAGAAAAUACCCAUGUGACCAAAUCCAUUUCAUUAUUGAAUGGCUUGAUGGAUUUCCUUUACUCUGAUUCAUACCAAAGCUGUCCUUCUCAACCAAAGCAAGAAAGGAUCCUGUAUGAGUCAAUCCCAGAAUGCAAUUUUUAUAUCACCAACAGGUGAAGAAAACCUCAUGAAUAGCAAUCACAGAGACUCAGAGAGCAUCACUGAUGUCUGCUCCAAUGAGGAUCUCCCUGAAGUUGAGCUGGUGAAUCUGCUAGAAGAACAACUACCACAGUAUAGGCUAAAAGUAGACACUCUCUUUCUAUAUGAAAAUCAAGACUGGACUCAGUCUCCACACCAGCGGCAACAUGCAUCUGAUGCCCUCUCUCCAGUCCUUGCUGAAGAGACUUUCCGUUAUAUGAUUCUAGGCACAGACAGGGUGGAGCAGAUGACCAAAACUUACAAUGACAUCGACAUGGUUACACAUCUCCUGGCAGAGAGGGAUCGUGAUCUGGAACUUGCUGCUCGAAUUGGACAAGCUCUGUUAAAGAGGAACCAUGUCUUAUCUGAGCAGAAUGAAUCCCUGGAGGAACAAUUGGGACAAGCCUUUGAUCAAGUUAAUCAGCUGCAGCAUGAGCUAUCCAAGAAAGAUGAGUUACUUCGAAUUGUCUCCAUUGCUUCUGAAGAAAGUGAAACUGAUUCCAGCUGUUCUACACCUCUUCGGUUCAAUGAGUCCUUUAACUUAUCUCAAGGGUUGCUGCAGUUGGAAAUGCUGCAAGAAAAGCUCAAGGAACUGGAAGAAGAGAAUAUGGCUCUUCGAUCCAAGGCUUGUCACAUAAAGUCAGAAACUGUUACCUAUGAAGAAAAGGAACAACAGCUUGUCAGUGACUGUGUUAGAGAACUUCGUGAAACAAAUGCUCAGAUGUCCAGAAUGACUGAAGAAUUGUCAGGGAAGAGUGAUGAGUUGAUUCGAUACCAAGAAGAGAUUUCUUCUCUUUUGUCACAGAUUGUAGAUCUUCAGCAUAAACUUAAAGAACAUGUGAUUGAGAAGGAAGAACUAAGACUUCACCUGCAAGCUUCCAAAGAUGCCCAAAGACAACUGACGAUGGAGCUGCGUGAGUUACAGGACAGAAAUAUGGAGUGUCUAGGAAUGUUACAUGAAUCCCAAGAAGAAAUAAAGGAACUUCGUAGUAGAUCUGGCCCUGCUGCUCAUCUCUACUUCUCCCAGUCAUAUGGAGCUUUUACGGGGGAAUCUUUGGCAGCUGAGAUUGAGGGGACUAUGCGUAAAAAGCUGAGUUUGGAUGAGGAAUCGUCUCUCUUUAAACAAAAAGCCCAACAGAAACGGGUAUUUGAUACCGUCAGGAUUGCCAAUGACACACGGGGCCGCUCUGUCUCCUUCCCAGCUCUGUUACCCAUUCCAGGCUCCAACCGUUCAAGUGUCAUCAUGACAGCAAAACCUUUUGAGUCUGGUUUACAGCAAACAGGGGACAAGUCACUCCUGAACCAGGGAAGCAGCUCAGAGGAGGUUGCAGGGAACUCCCAGAAUAUGGACCAACCAGGACCCUCUGGAGAUAGUGAUUUGGCUACAGCACUGCAUCGCCUUAGCUUGCGUCGACAGAACUAUUUAAGUGAGAAGCAGUUCUUUGCUGAAGAAUGGCAGCGGAAGAUCCAGGUUCUGGCUGACCAGAAGGAAGGAGUUAGUGGUUCUGUGACCCCAACAGAAAGCUUUGCCUCUCUCUGCACCAACCAGUCAGAAAUCACAGACCUCAGCAGUGCCAGUUGCCUUCGGGGUUUUCUGCCAGAAAAAUUACAAAUUGUCAAGCCCCUUGAAGGAUCACAAACUCUGUAUCACUGGCAGCAGCUUGCUCAACCAAAUUUGGGAACCAUCCUUGAUCCACGACCAGGUGUCAUUACAAAAGGCUUUACCCAGUUGCCCAAAGAUGCCAUUUAUCACAUCUCAGAUUUAGAAGAGGAUGAAGAGGAGGGCAUUACUUUUCAGGUUCAGCAACCUCUUCAAGUGGAAGAGAAACUUUCAACAUCCAAGCCAGUAACAGGGAUCUUCCUACCACCCAUUACUUCAGCUGGUGGACCAGUUACAGUUGCAACUGCCAACCCAGGAAAGUGCCUGUCAUGCACAAACUCAACAUUCACUUUCACCACCUGUAGAAUAUUACAUCCCUCUGACAUCACUCAGGUUACCCCCAGCUCUGGGUUUCCUUCAUUAUCCUGUGGAAGUAGUGGCAGCAGUUCAUCCAACACGGCUGUAAAUUCUCCUGCCUUGUCCUAUAGACUCAGCAUUGGUGAGUCCAUCACCAACAGACGAGACUCCACUACAACCUUCAGUAGCACCAGGAGCUUGGCCAAACUUCUGCAAGAGCGAGGCAUCUCUGCCAAAGUGUACCACAGCCCAGUUUCAGAGGACCCCGUCCUCCAGCCUCUCCCUAAAGCCUUGGCUAUCCCUUCCACACCACCAAAUUCACCAUCUCAGUCACCUUGCCCUUCUCCUUUGCCCUUUGAGCCUCGAGUGCAUCUCUCUGAAAAUUUUUUGGCCUCUCGACCAGCUGAGACAUUCCUCCAGGAGAUGUAUGGCUUGAGACCCUCCCGGAACCCUCCUGAUGUUGGCCAGUUGAAGAUGAACUUAGUGGACAGGCUGAAGAGACUGGGAAUAGCCAGAGUGGUCAAGACUUCUGGUGCCCAAGAGAAUGGAAGAUACCAGGAGGCAGAAACUGGUCUUCAAAAACCAGAUUCUGCUGUUUAUUUAAAUUCAGGGAGCAGUUUAUUGAGUGGACUAAGGAGAAAUCAGAGUCUUCCAGUCAUAAUGGGUAGCUUUGCUGCCCCAGUUUGCACAUCCUCACCCAAAAUGGGUGUCCUGAAGGAGGACUGAGGCUCAGCAGUUAACUGACCUCUUAUACAAAUGAGCACCUGAGGCUAGCUAUGCACUGAAACAUGUGGUCUGGUCUGACUUGAGAGUAAAGGAAUGUUGCACAAGGGUUGUGAAUGUGAAAGGGGGAAUGGAGGAAUUGAAGCAAAAUUGGGGUGAGCCCUAAUGGAUGAAGGCUGGCAAAUUGGAAGUAUAAAUGAAUGGGCCAAGAGUGUUCAGAGGCAGGAAAGAAAGGUUUAAUAUACUCCUUCAGUUGAGUUUUCUUGUCUUGAAAAUAAAAAGUGAAUAAUAAAGAAAUUCACUAAUCCUGAAACAUACAGAGAUACUGAACUUGCUGGCACAUUUACUUCUGGUAAGCAUAAAGCAGAGAGAACCCAGGUUGGAAGAAUGAGAAGAGAAAAGGAGCAGUUAUGUUGCUUAUAGAAAGCCGCUCUGAAGGUUUGGUGGGGUAAGCUCAGUGUGUUACCGAGACAAUGGUGAGAUGGCUUAUAUGUUUUCCCCGUUAAUGUCUGGCUAAAUUACGCAUCUAUCAAAUGAUAUGCUCACAGCAUUAGCAAAAUUAGGAGUUUCAUCUUUUUUAUUGAAUCACAGGUGGAGACUCCUAUUUUCCUUUCUGCUUUCAGGCCUUUGAGCCCCUAGCAGCCCAAAUACCACUCAAUUAUUUUGUAUUUAUGAUUAAUAAAAGUUCAUUUUUUAAAA